AUGCUACGACGAGAUUCAAAACCAACACCGGCCAUACCGCCCACAAUCGCUCCCUCUGACCUUGUAGGGCUCACUGGAUCAUACCUGCAGAUGCGGAAUGUACCGCAGAACGUAAAAGCCCGUAUCGAACACAACAUGGGUCGGGGUAUCGCACAAGAGCUCAAGACGUACCAUCACCCCGGCAUGGCAGAGGAGCAGGGCAUCCAGCAGCCUAACUCAUCGACGAUUGCUCUUGCACUGGAAGAUCUUGUCGAGACUGGGACGGUGUCGGACGAACUGAAAGCUGCGUUCGAGGAGACCACCAGCCCGUUCUCGGGCGAGCGCUGCGGUGCUGAACCUGAAGAAGACGCAGUUAUCCGAGAUUUUUUUGACCAGUACACGAACGAAGGCAGGUCUGAUCUGAUGAUGUCGCCGCAUGAACUGCUAUACCCGUGGAACAUAGGAAUCACCCCCCCGUCGCACGUCCUCCCCUCCGCCCCUGCCCCUGCAGUACGCUCAGCCGCCCUUCCUCCCCCAGCACCAGCAGCGUCCUCACAGACGAGCUCCAGGCCGGGAAAAGGACGCACGCCCUCCGGCACCCACUCCGAUCUUGUAAAGCAGGACCGCCCCUCUCCCUCCCCCUCCGCUUCCGCCUCUCCGAUGGUCUCCACCACCCCGGUCUCCGACGGGAGGGUCUCCCGCCCCUCCCGUGGUAAACGGCGUAUCGCCCUCGACGCGCCUAUCCAAUCCCGGACAUACCACGGCGCUUCGCGCACCAGUGUGCGAACUCUCCCACGAGGAUUCGAGAAGAACCUCGAGCCGGAUAAGGUCGCUGGUUUCAAACGUGCGAUCGAGGCUGUGGAGGAGGGGGACGAUGAGGAAGAUGACCGAGACCUGAUCGAGAAUGUCACGAGCAAGGUCAUGCAGAAACGGGUGAAGAACACGCUCGCGGCACGGAAAAGCAGGGCGAGACGUGCAGAGUACCUCGAGACGCUCGAACGGCGUUUAGCCGACAAGGACGAGAGGGUACAGGAGCUCGAGAGGGUAUUGAUGGAGAAGGAGACGGAGAUUCAGGUGCUGAAAGCUAUCCUUUACGAGGAUGAGAACAAUGAUGAAGGGGAGAGCGAGAUCGACGCAUAAUCCCCUGAUUCUCUACUUUCACCUCACCGAUGCUUGGAGGUUUGUAUCUUUUACCUGGAUCUUUACUCUCAUCAAUCUCAUCCCCGUGCGAGAGACGUACGUCGUAGCGUACAUCUCUU